UUGCGAGUCCGACGUACCAUCCCCAUGCGCACUUUCCUCACCUUUCAGGUUUAUUAGCCGAUUGCUCUAUUUUGCUUGGUCGUUGGUUAGAUACAAAUGGAUGGCAAGGUGUGUCCAGCCUGCUCACAUUUGUCUCUAUUGGAACCCACAUUUCAGCGUGAACCAUGAAGACGACUUGUCUUAACCCCAACAAAGCCACUUCCUCGUUGGGUCGGACAAGGAAGCGUUCGAACGAGGUGACCAGUUCUCUUCGUCGGACCACGCGAACUGGUGCCAGGAGACGCAAUUUCAGUUCCAGCACCACUUCGCGUCUAUCUCCGUUCCCAGAAGAGGAGCAGAUUGAUGGUAGUACGGAAAACCAUUCGGGCCGAUCAACUGGCGAUGGUCUCGCUCAAUUUCGACCGUAUUCACCGCCAGCUACGUCGGCCAUGUUGAGGGCGCCGCAUUUACUGUCACACUGUAAUUGUCCUCACCGACCUAGCAUGCCCCCUGGCCCACCAACUUCUCCGGUACCCAGCCCACCUCCAACCUCAUUUGCUCAACUUCCUCAUUCCACGUCAGUACAAUCCUCUUCCGCCCCCUCACUAACUGCAGACCUCCCUCCUGAUAUCCUCUGUGAAGACUCAGCAGAAUAUGCGGCCAACUCCAUGUCUAAGCACACCGUUCCCGAUAUCCCAGGGGUCUUUCGUAACCGCCUGCGUCGACGUCGAAACGCCAUUUGUGCCGCAUCAGCACUAGGUCAGGGACUAAAAGAGUUCUUCACAUCCUACGUCGUUUCUCACCUCACUGAAUCCAUGACUUCAUCGCUUAGUUUGGAUGCCAACCCACCGGUCUCGGUCCCAUCCUCGACGCAUUCGGUGUUCCUGCCUCCAAACUCAACGAAUAGUACAACACCUACCCCUGUCGACCCCCUUCCCUCCGAAAUGGAGUUAUCGUCUAUCGAUUAAUGACUGUGAUAAUUCUGGGACUACUGAUCUCUUUAGUAUAUUGUCAUUGUUACGAUUAUUGUUAUUAUUACUAUUAUGAUGUGACUAACAUUCAGGUAAACCCACCUUUCACACAGAUCACACGGUGUGAACAAGGUUUCGUCUUAGAGACCCGUUCCCGCUCUGCCGUAGCCUUUUUCCGCACACCAUCAUCUCACUUGUGGCUCAUUGCACAACCAAUUCUAUCCUUUAUGCACGACGUAUUAUCGAAAAAAAUCAUUAUUAUCAUUAUUUGUAAUUGUUACUAUGGGUAUUUUGAUCUUCUCGCGCACAUUUGUCGCCGUACAUCGAGUCUUUCGCCAGCGAAAUGCAUUCUUAGUCUCUCGUUGCUGUUGUUACUUUGCAAUCUCACCUCCGUGACCACCUAUCCCCCUCUUCGUUCCCUCUUUUUGUCAUUGGUAGAAUCUGUUUUAUUUUUUCUUCAAUACAAG